AUAUUCUUAUCAAUGCCUUACAGCAACACCGUCAGUAUAUUGGUGAGAGAGCGAGCGCGAGAGUAACCGUUAACCCAAAUAAAUUGUAAUAGUGUGCGAGCACGAAACUCAACAACAGCAAUUUCACUGCGGCAGCAACAGCAGCGACGACAACAGCAACAGCAGCAGCAGUAGUAGCAGCAGCAGCAACAAAAGACCACCAAAAGCGACUGCAAAUCUUAGCAAAACCAGUGGAAAAAGCAAUAAACGGAUAUAACAAAUUGCAGAAAACGCGCCAAACAGCUGUUGCGCCCUGCAGGCAACAGAAAUGUCCGAAGCAUUUUCCGUGUGGACGUGCAGCAACUAGCAUUCGUUUCUCUUGUCACCUGUGCGCAAUGGUUUGUUUUGGCAUGCGUGUGUAAAUUGUGUCGAUGUGUUUGUGCAGAGAGAGAGAGAGCGUAAGCGUCGCUGACAGUUUCUGUGGAAACGGACGCAACCAAGUUGCAGUUUUGCUUGGGACUGUGUUGCUGCGCAGUUGACGACUCGAAUAAUUUGUUGUUUUUGCUAUUUUAUAGUGCACGAGGCAACAUCACCAACAGCAACAGCAGCAACAUCAACAACAACAACAACAAUGAACACUCGACGCAGCACCGGCAGCAUCAAGACCAGCAAAAGAAGCAUAAGCCGCUUGUAUGUGGCGGCACUGACCACAAAGACGAUAACACCGGAGCUGCACGCAAUAAACGCGAAGAUCUGCCGUUUGGUGGAGCAGCAUCCCUGCAUGUACGAUCGCUCGCAUCCGGCGUAUAUGCGCAAAUCUCACGUGGAACAGGCAUGGGAGGACAUUUCCAAGGAGAUGAAUGAUAGUGUUGAUAAUUGCAAGGAACGCUUUAGGAAUAUUCGCACCAGCUUUGCGCGGUCCAUUAACGUGCAGCGCGGCUCGAAUCGCGUCAAGCCCUACUAUCUCAGCGAGGAACUUGAGUUUCUCAAAAAGCACAUCACGCCCGGCGUGCCUGUGCCAGUGAAGGGCAGACGGUCACGUGACAGCAACAAUCGCAGGUGCGAUGAUAACGACGAGUAUGAUGACAACGAGCAUGAUGAUGAGGAGCAUGUGGGUGCGCUGGUCCAUAUAAAACACUCGCUGAGCAGCGACGAGCAUGAAAAUGAGAACAGCACCGAUAGCUCUGAGUGGGUGGCUGAGGAGCAUGCGCAGAGUGUCGCCAGCCAAGCGCAGGAUAAACCCGAGUCUGAGUUGCACCCACAGAGCGAGGAGGACGACCAGAAGCCGAAGGAUUUGGUGCUGCCGAAUGCCGUGCCCCAAACCUGCCCCUUUCCGCCCAAAAAACGUCGACGCACGGUCACCGAGGCGGCCAAACCGAGCGAACCGACCGAAGUCAGCGCAGACACAGAAGACACGCCCGCCGAUAUAAAGCCCCCAGUCAUGGACUUUGAUGAUGCCUUUCUGCAGGGCCUGCGCCCCGAAAUGAAGCACAUGAACUUCCAUCAGAAGCUCUUCUUUAAGCGACGCGUUUACGAGCUGCUCAGCGAUAUAUUUGAGGGCGGCGAGAAUGCCAGUAGUCAACCACGUACCAAUGGACAGGCUGGAGCUACCAACUCGCCAUUACCUCUGCAGCAUUUGGGCCUUUUGGGCUGCUCAGGGACGCUGCAGCUGCCCAAGCUGGCGCCGAAACCCUCCAAAGAUCUCUAAGUAGAAAUAACAUUGAAUCGACUAAUGCCCAAAGACGGCCGCAGCAGCAAACGGAGCUGUGUAAUCCAUUCGAAUUUACGCUGUACAGUAAUUUCACAUACCCAUUAUUUUUGGGUAUAGUUAUAGUUAUAAGACGUUACUAUUUUUAAAAUGUACUACAUUAAAUACAUAUUUACAUAAACGAUUGUAUAAUUUUAAAUAAGAAACGGCAUGACUCGUAUGUUUAAAUCAGGAUACAAAUAAAUUGUGAGACUUCUAUUGCAA